ACUAAGAGAAAAAGAAGAGAGAAAGAGAGAGUUCAGUGAGUUAUAGAGGUUGGAGUUCUUGUGAGAAGCUUGUUCAAAGAAAGCUAAAACUGAGAACUUUUCUCUUUGUACUGGAGCCUUGUAAUUAUUCUAGAUUGAUCAUAGUGAAAACUCACGUAGGCCAAUUCCACUGAACCAUGUAUAUUGUGGUGUUCUUUUGACUACUGUUUCUAUCAUUUAUUAAAGUUUGUGAUUUGUUUCUGUUUCUGGCAUUAUUUCUUGUUUGUGUUUGUUCUUUUUUCUGGUUCAUUUUGUUGGUGUUCUUGGCAGGUUAUUAAAGGGUUCAAUCACUUUCAAUAUCAUCCUCUAUGUAACAGAAGGGUCAGACUAAUUCUUCUUGUUUUUCUUAUUAUUGUAAAACACUUGCACUAUUCUUUUUACCUUGCCUUUCGUUAUUGUAAAACACUUUCACUAUUCUUCAGGCAGGUUUCUUCUCAUUUUUCCUUAAUUGAUGUCCAAGAGAUGGAUGCAAUAGUGUCAAGUUUUAAUGCUUUUGAAACUAAGGAAGCAGGCCCACUAAUUCUAACAUGGGCAGUGUUUCUUUGUCUGAUUUCAUCACUUCCGGGAAAAGAAGAAAACACUGUUCUAAUGGAGAUUAAUCAUAUUAGCUAUGUUCGUCAAGCUUUUGAAGCUGCAUCUUUGAGAUUUUUUCUUGAGAUCCUCGAGAGUGACUUAUUAAAUGAGUCAGAUGAAUCACUUUGCAGUCAGUUUUGGGACAGAGAAAGUUUUGUUGAUGGUCCUAUUCGGUGUCUUCUUUGUAACCUAGAAGGUGAGUUUCCCUUCAGGACUGUGGAACUUAUUCACCUCUUAUCAUCCCAAUCUGAAGGAACUUGGCCAGCAGAAUGUGUGUAAGUUUCUUUAUUUCUUUGCAUUGGGUUGAGGAUUCUAUAGUAAUUUCUGUACGUUUGUAAACACUACACUGUACUAUAUCAGCGUAAUUGACUGCGAAUAUGUAUCACUGUUUUGUAAUUACUUGUUAGUGCCCAAAUAACUUAAGGUAUAGAGUUUAGUACUUGUUUGAGCUCCAUAUUCUAUUACACCUCUCCUUUAAAUGAGAUAUGAGAUUCGAUGGAUCUACCCUAGAAAUAAUAGUAUCAUUCUAAAUGCUUUUGUAACUCAA